ACGCAAGUGUCAAAAUUGACACGUCAAUAUAUGUGUGUUGUUGAUAUUACUCUGUAAUCGAAAAUAGUUAAUAGAUUCCAUUAUUAAAACGUUUUUCUUAUUAAAUACGUACAACUCAAGGCCAUUAUAAUGAAUACUUGCAGAACGUGUCUGAAAACUCCAGCCAAUAAAGAUAUUUCAGACCUGGAAAAGGGCACAAAAGAUGAUAACAUAAAGUACAUCGACAUUAUGUUGUUUUGUUUAGAUAUAAAGGUUACGGAAGACUCCAAAAUAACAACAAAUCUAUGUAACAACUGCUUUAGAAAAAUCAUAUCGUUUUACAAAUUUAAGGCCCUAUCUCAGAAGAAUGAUGCUUAUUUGAAAUCUCUACAUCCUGAUUUACGGUUAGUGGACCGAAAAUUAACUGUGUAUGUGGAUGAAUAUGGAGUUAAACAUGAGAAUCCAUUAGAAACUGAUGACUAUGGUCCAAGUUUAGUUGAAUGUAAUGCUGAUAUUAAAGUAGAAGUAAAUGUUAAGAAGGAAAACACAUUCGAAUUAGAAGUUGAGGAACUUAAGGGAGAAGAAACUGUUGGGGAUGCUAACUAUGGAGAUAUUGGGCCAUUUGAAGAUGUAGUGCCUCAUGAAGAGCCACUGAGUGUUGUACAAAAUAUUAAUCAUGAACAUUUUAGCAGGACAAAAGAAAAAGCCUCGAAUCGUAAAAGACAGAAUGGCACAAACAAAAAAGUGAAACUAUGUAAAGGUACAAAUGUACAAGAGAGACAAAUAUGUGAGGAGUGUGGCAUGUCUGUGCUGGACCUGCAGGCGCAUUCCAUCAGCCACCAGCCCAAGGAGGAGCGCCGGAUGCUGCAGUGCAAGGCCUGUCCCAAGAUGUUUGUCACUAAGGGGGGGCGGCACAGACAUUACAAGAUUGCUCAUUUAGGACUUAAAUCUAAGUGUGAUAUUUGUAACAAAGAGGUAAUAAGCCUGUCAAUACACAAACUACAGAUGCACAACCGCUCCGCUCUGCCAUUUUGUUGCGUGACGUGCGCGCGCCGCUUCGUGUCGCAGCAGGCGCUGGACAUGCACAUGAUCAUCCAUACUAGGGACCUGGCCUUUGAGUGCGAUGUCUGCCAUAAGAAGUUCCGCUCUAAGGGACAUGUCUCAAGACAUAUACGGCAGGUCCAUGUAAAAGAAAAAAAUCAUCAAUGUGAAAUAUGUUCCAAGGCUUUCUUUGACAAAAAUAUGCUACAAGAGCAUUUAGGUUCUCACACGACGGAGCGUCCGUUCCAGUGCAGCGAGUGCGGCAUGUCGUUCUCGACGAAGACCACGCUCAGGAAACACCGCAUCGUGCACAGCGACGUGAAGAAGUACCACUGCGAGUAUUGCGACAUGAGCUUCAAGACGAACAGUUACCUAAAGUCGCAUAUGAUCAAGCACACGAAGGAGAAGCGCUACCCGUGCCAGUACUGCGACAAACGCUUCGGCCGCUCCGACUACCGCCGCCGCCACGAGCUCACUGCGCACCAGAAACAUCUGACGGCCGGCUGAACACCUUAUCUUCAUAGUAAUACGGUUCAAUAUCAAGCAGCUCGUUGGAUGCAGAUAAAUACAUCUAUUUCGCACCUGAUUUUAUGGACACCAAUGAAAAUGCAGUACCAAUGAGGAUGUACAGACCAAUCUAAAAAUUCUGAUUGGAGAUGUUGCGUGGAAGAGGCACUAACAUGUGCAAUAAAAUUAAAAUUAAAUUAUUAUCUUGUACAUAACUAAAUAUAUUUAUUGUCUAUGAUUCACACUGUUUUCUUGUUUGGAACUUUUCGGCGCACAGUGGCAAUUUUGAAGCAAUCUCCUGCUCAACCUAUAUUUGUAAUAUUUAGAUUGGGACCUAUAGUUUGGCAAACCCAAUUUAUCUGAAAAAAUAAAAAAAAUAAAAAUAACUUUAUUUAGCUACAUGAUGGCUCACAACUGCUUACAAGUAAUAAAUGAUACAAGGUGAACUUACUAUUGUAAAUAAUUUGUACAAAAGUUUUAAGGUAAAUGCAAUGAAACAUUGAGUAAGCGUCAUCUGAUCCCCGUACUAGUAAAAACUGUACCACGGUCAAAAUAUGUUCUUAUUAAGAGUAAAAAAAUAAUUAAAUAACAACUCAAUAUACUCUUCUUUGUUUUUAAGACAAGAUAAAACAAUUUUAUAAUUUUACUCAUCCCAAUUCCCGAAAAUAUGGAACAAAUUCUGGUCGUUUACUUUAACAAUAGUUAAUGGGACAUUCACGAAGAAAAAAAUUGGGAUGAGU